UUUUUAUGGUGGAGUCAAAGGUUAGAAGUAACAGUGAGUAAGUAGCUACAGCCAGUGGGAACUACCCAGGAAGAAGACAGUCGUUGCACUGACUGUACAAUAAAUAGUAUAAUUUAAGGUCUGUCGUCCUGGGCUUACCAUCGAGUUAUACUAAAUCUAUUCAGAGGCUGGGUUCGAAAGGCACAUACGACGUGGAAAAUACAUGUAACAAAGGUGGAAUUUAUGAAGGAAGAGGUGGAGGGUUCCCCUGAAGAUGAUGAGGCGACUGAACCGGAAGAAGGCCCUCCAUUUGGUUCAAGAACUGGAUGCUUUUCCUAAAGUUCCUGAAAGCUAUGUGGAGACAACAGCAAGUGGAGGAACAGUUUCUUUAAUAGCCUUUACAACCAUGGCUGUGUUAGCCAUUUUGGAGUUCUUUGUGUAUCAGCAUACCUGGAUGAAAUAUGAAUAUGAAGUUGACAAAGAUUUUUCCAGUAAAUUAAGAUUAAAUAUAGAUAUCACCGUUGCUAUGAGAUGCCAAUAUAUUGGUGCAGAUGUGUUAGAUUUAGCAGAAACAAUGGUAGCAGCAUCAGAUGGUCUAACAUAUGAACCAGUUAAUUUUGACCUUUCACCUGUGCAAAGAAUUUGGCAAAGAACACUGCUACACAUUCAGAGUCGACUGCGAGAAGAGCAUUCGCUUCAAGAUGUAUUAUUUAAAAGUGUUUUUCAAGGAGCUCCAACAUCCUUGCCUCCAAGGGAAGAUCAUCCUUCACAGCCCCCUAAUGCUUGCAGGAUACAUGGACACCUGUAUGUCAACAAAGUUGCAGGGAAUUUUCACAUAACAGUGGGCAAGGCAAUUCCUCACCCGCGAGGCCAUGCUCAUUUAGCAGCUCUUAUUAGCCAUGAUACUUACAACUUCUCACAUCGAAUAGAUCAUUUAUCUUUUGGGGAGGAAAUUCCAGGAAUUAUUAAUCCUUUGGAUGGAACAGAAAAAAUCUCUGUAGAACAUAAUCGCAUGUUCCAGUACUUCAUCACAAUUGUGCCAACGAAGCUAAAAACAUACAAGAUCUCUGCAGAUACUCACCAGUUUUCAGUCACAGAACAGGAACGUGUAGUAAACCAUGCAACAGGCAGUCAUGGUGUGUCGGGUAUAUUCAUGAAAUACGACAUUAACUCACUCAUGGUGACGGUGACAGAGCAGCACAUGCCGUUCUGGCAGUUCCUCAUCCGCCUCUGUGGCAUUAUUGGAGGGAUCUUCUCAACAACAGGAAUGGUACAUGGACUUGUUGGCUUCUUAGUGGACAUUGUCUGCUGUCGUUUUAAACUAGGUACUUACAAGCCCAAAGAUGUCAGUCUCCUGGAUGGACAUGUGAAUAACCACACACCUCUGAUAACAGAAAACAACAAGCACUAGCUUAUGAACCAUCAUUCCCUUCUUGCCAGAAAUUUCUUCCAAUUUUUAUAUGAAAUGCAAAGUGGUUUCACAAGACACUGGUAGGCUACAAAGAAAUACAACUUUUGAAAAAGAAAACACUUGGGUACUCUUUUGUACACUGAACAUGUCUAAUGAUCUUUAAUUUGGGAGAGUGGAAGGCUUGGGACCACCACUGAAAAAUAACAGAUUUUGUCCACCUAUUGCUAGACAGAUUAAAUUUAAAGAUGCAGUAGAAUUUUUCAGAUGCAUGGAUGUGUCUUUAACAGAAUAGGAAAUCUUCUGCCUUGUUUUUCAACUAAGAAAAAUCAUAUAAUUCAGUGUCCAUGUUCAUAAUAAUAUAUUUAUUAAGCAGUUGGCACCACAGGUUGUAGAUACGAAGUUCUGCUAUCCACAAGGUAGCCUGUUAAUAUAAAACAGAUUUUAAUGGUAGCAUAGUGAAACGUACAUAUGCAAGGUUACAAAGAAUAUUCAGAAAGAUGAUGGCUGCAUCUUUACCUUUUAAAAAAGAACAGUAUUUUGUCAAGUCUUAUCAGUUUCACCUGUCAACUGUAAUAAAUGUUGAACAGAACAGUCCUUGAAAGUAAGUUGUUGCCUCUGCUGUAUUGACACGUCAUGAUUUUAAAAGAGAAUUUUCACAGACGUUAUACCGACAUCAGAUAAGAGGUGCCAGAACAAAAGCGAUAUAAACCUGAACCUAAGGACCUGGAGGACAAACCGCUUCUGACAUCGAUGCUCUUGGGCAGUUCAUUCCACCUUCUUGGACCUGUCUGGUCCACUGUAUAACCAGGAACAAAGAACAAAGUGCAUGAUUUCAAGUUUCAGGAUGAAUCAUUUCUGUAAAUAAAAACACAUCCAUGAAACUUGACCAUAGAAAGAAAGUAAUCGCGAGGAAUGUGCAAUGCACAGUGGUGAUUCUUUUCUCUCCUUCACUCACAUCUUGUCCAGAAUUUUAAGUGACCCCCCCAAGUAGGAAACAGUAGCCCCCUAGAAUUAAGUCUUGUUUUGCAGGAACUAGCUUUACAGACGUACAGUCCCUUUUGAUACUGAGUAACAUAAAAUUAAUCUUGCCGUUUUUUCAAGGGAAAUAUUGCCAAAUAUUUGUUUUCUUACCUGUUUUUCAUAAACAUCCAUAUAACAUUUUCCCUUGUUGUCCUGGUCUUUAAAUGCAAAAGUGAAAACAUCUUUUAAGUUGGUGUAUAUUAAAAAUACACGUCUCUGUGUGUGUGUUCUGUUAUUAUUUUUCAUUCAUUUUCCUAUGCAGAGCCUAAAUUAGGAACAAAAAAGGGACAGUUCUGAUUUUUCAAGUUUUAGUUUCACAAGCUGUAUGUACAAUUCUCAGUGUGUAGUAGUGAAUCUCCUGUUUGAGAAAUUAUUAAAUGGAAAAACUGGAACAGUGAAAUUGACACUGGAAAAAAAAUGA